UAAAAAAUAAUUACACCAUACAGUACUUUGAAGUGUGUUAAGUAAUAAGUGUUGCAUAAUAUGAUAAAAAUAUACCUGCUAAACAAACAAUCUAGUAUCAACAGAGCUGCUGUCCCACGCUGGUUGGACAAGUUUUUUCUUUUUUUAGUUAGCCAGGGGGAAGUUUAUUAACUUCCAGCUUCUAUAAUCACCAGGGAUUACACACACACACACACACACACACACACACACUGAAAAAAGAGGAUAUUAGGUCACUGGAGAAGUAGGUAAGAAGUAAUUAGAAAAGGCUCUUUUGCAAAAUUGAUGACAAACAAUAUCAGAGUUUGUCGUCACACUUUGACUGAUUUUGACAGUUAAUUUCCUCUUUGUGGAAGUGAUCGUAAACACCGAUUGUACGUGAGAUUGUGUGCUCAGCACUGACUUGUGUGUGUGUGUGUGUGUGUGUGUGUGUGUGUGUGUGUGUGUGUGUGUGUGUGUGUGUGUUUUGGGGUUUUUUGGAUGGUUACCUGUCCUAUAUUUCUUCAUGGGUGGGCGGAGGAUUGGUCUGUAUAAAGAGACGUUGGGCACAGAGAAACUUCACAACAGCAUCCUCUGACAGUUGAAAACGCUCCCCUGAAAGGAUUAAGAUAAUUUAUCCAGCCGAAAUAUGAAGCUCGCCACAGUCAGCUCCGUCCUCCGUCCAGCUGCCGCCAUGCUCGUCAUGCUGCUGCUGCUUCUGAUUGGCUGGGCCGAGCAGGCAGCAGCGCUUCCUGUCGACCGGCCGCUCAGCCAGCCGCUACAAAACCAGGAGACGUACCAGGCUGUCCGCGACAUAUCACAACACGCUCAGGCUGUGCAGACGGAGGAAGACUCCAACACCAGACUGAUGCCCCGAGUCAACACCGACCAGGACCACCUGAAGAUCUGCUGCCUCCACGCCAACAUCCUCGACUACUACCUGAACAACGUCCUGCGUCACCGUGACAACGCACAUCCCAGCAUGCACCGGCUGAAGACCGACCUCACCCGCGUCAGCGAGGACCUGCAGACUCAAGGCUGUAACGUGACUCACUAUCACGACCAUCACCACGCUGUGGAGUUUCGCAAGAAGCUCACCAAGAUGGGGGGCGAGCGAGGGAUAAACAAAGCGCUGGGAGAGAUCGACAUCCUGUUCACGUACCUGCAGGACUUCUGCAUCCAGCCGAGAAACGCCACCGCCACCGCGGCCGGCGCUAACUGACACCACGACUGUUUCAGAUGUUUCCACUGAACGCUCAGCAAACAGUUUAUCAUAUUUAUCACCUUUUUAUACCAGCAACUUUUCCAUUUUAUACUUCUAUUUAUUAUGAAUCUAUUUAAUUUGAGGACCUAUUUAACAUUUGUUUUUAUAGGAUAUUUAUAUUGACUUGAGUACGACGGAUUAGUUAUUGAUCUAUUUGUUGAUCAGAAAGUUUAAAAUGCCGGAGCUGAGAGGCGUCUGGUGUUGCUCGUGUUGCCAUGUUAUGGCUGAUUUUUAUGAAGUCACCGUUGCAGUAUUUCAUGUUUCACUCUGUGCUGAAGGAACUGUGUGUUACAUGACUUGAAAAGAAAUAAAGUUUGGUUUUGAAUAUGAA